AUGGUUUCUGCGCCAGAAUUGAAACGGUAUGUGGAAAAAAAAGUGCUAUUGCAACUAAAUGCUUCGCGCAAGAUUGCAGGCAUUCUUAGAGGCUAUGAUGUGUUUUUAAACGUAGUACUCGAUGAUGCUGUUGAAAUAAGCAGGGAUGGUUCAAGUCACACGCUGGGGAGUCAAACCGUGGUAAGAGGUAAUUCGAUCGUAUCGCUGGAGGCGCUAGAUAGUAUAGCAUAG